UUUGUUUUGCGGGUACUUUCUUUACAAGUAUUUCCCUCUUAAAUAACGGCGCUCGAAGAUGAACACAGCUCUGCAGUGUCAAUUUCCGGCAAAUUUAUUCACGGAUUACGGCAAUAGGUUGCUGAAAUGCAAUUCUUUCGGUAAAAGGGUUUCUUUCAUCCGUCGCUGCAUAAAAAAUGAGACAAAAUCACAACCCCAUCAGGGCUUCUCAGUUCUCGCAACAGAUCCUCACCCUCAGCUUGAUAUUGGAAGUAUAUGGAGCUCUAUGGGUUUUUAUGUGUUCAGCAUUCACGUCCCGUUGAGUUUUGGCGGUCUUUCUGCUGCUGCAAAGAUAUUGCAUCAACCCGUCCUCGAUCCACAGACCGAGGCAUUCUUCAUCUUCGCAAUCCAAACCUUAGAGCUUAGCAUUGUUCUGCUGCUGCUAAAGUGCCCCGGUAAGCCUCAGUAUGACCUUAAAGAUUUCUUUCGUGCCAAUAAGUCUUCAAAACAACGAAGCUGGCUGCUGGCAUCGGUGCUCGGGUUUGGAGUCCUUCUGUCAUUGGUCUUUAUCACUUCGUAUUUUGCUGAGAGAUUGAUUGGACCCAAGGAUGUGAACAAUCCAUUCCUCAAGGAUAUUCUCACCGGCAGCUGGAGUUCUGCAACCGCCUGCGUUCUUGUCUACUCCAUCAUCACUCCGUUGCUGGAAGAAGUCGUGUACAGAGGUUUUCUCUUGACAUCUCUUGCCUCCACAAUGAACUGGCAGCUAGCGGUUGCAAUCAGUUCCGUUGUUUUCAGUGCAUCCCACUUCUCGGGCGAGAACUUCUUGCAACUCCUCAUUGUUGGAUUCGUGUUCGGAUGCUCUUACUGUUGGACCGGGAACUUGAGUUCAUCGAUAUGCAUACAUUCUCUGUACAACGCCCUGAUAAUGUAUCUAACAUUUAUAUCAUGAACAAGAGAAAAUGGGAAGCGUCGAGAGGCAGGUGAAGGCAAGAACUAGGGAGAUCAAAGGCCCUCUUCAACAAGGGUUUCAAAUUUGUUAAACAUUCUUGCAAGAAGGGAUGACACAAGGUCAAGCGCAUUACAAAAUAGUAGUGAUUUUUUUUCCAAUUAGAAGUCAUAGGGUGUUUUUUUUUUCUCUUCCUUGUGUGCAUAUUUACUCUAUUUGAUUGGCUAUUGUUUCUCUUUCGUGUUCUUUUUUGUUUUAAUUUUAUUUAAGAGUUAUUGUAAUAUAAUCUUGUAUGUUUAUAUCAAUUUGGAGUAUCAAACCAUCAUUUUUAUCUUAAUUUUCAUGGAUCAAGUUGCAUGUACUA